UGGUGGUUCGGGCACCCCAUCAUGGCUCUAUAAAGCGAUAACCCAAACAUCGCUUCGGUUCUACCCCAAUCAAACCCCACCAAUAAUAACAGCUCGCUUUUGGCCCUCUUCUGACGACCCAUCGAAGUCUUCGGAUGUUUUGAGCAGUAGAUCUGAAAAGUCAGAAAGGAAGCAACGACUGGGAGACAAUGAGUACAAUGGCAGCGUCAUCGGGAGCAACUGGAAAAUCGAUGUUGAACCCCGAUGCUCCACUCUUCAUCCCGAUGGCAUUUCAACAAGUGGAAGAUUUUUCAGCAGAGUGGUGGGAGUUGGUGAAGACCACCACAUGGUUCCGUGAACAUUGGCUCCAUCAGCACCAAGAUCAAGAAACCUUUGAUGCUGCUGAUGAUGAUGAGGAUGUUAUAAACCUGCUGCCAGACUCCUUUGAUCUUGGCGUCGGUGAUGAGUCAUCCAUUCUCGAGGCGGAGCAUGAUGAUGCAGCUGGAGACCAAAUUUCCAUGGCCCUGAAGAAAGAAAGAAUUGGUAACGGUAUUCCGAGUGAUGCAGAGGCAGUGGCAAGGAGCCUGGGCGUAGAAUCUCCGAAGAAUGGAAGUAGAUCGAUCUUGGAACCAACAAAGCAUCGGGAGAAACCUGCGCAGCGCCUGAGCCCGAGGUGCGGCCCCCACCAUGUCAUCCAGCAGCCUCGUUGAGAGGCAUUCGGUUGCCAGCCAGCCAGCCAGUGUGGGAAGCAACCUGUCCUGCUCUCUGUAUAGAAGAACUUAAAAAGCAGCUGUUAGCUGUAGUGUUGUUUUAGUUGCUAAGUGUUUGGCAGUGGCACCAAACUCAAGUAAAAAAUUGUGAAAAAGGUGUAGAAAUGUAGUAAAGUUGACAAGAAGUUGUUGUGCAGCGCCGGGGUGUUUUCAUAAUGUUCCAUAUAUCCCUGUUAAAUUAAUUGCAGUGUGUGAAUGAUUCAUGUU